AUGGCACAGGAGAUGUUGCCGAGGGCAGGAUCGUUCCUCUUCUGCAUGAGCCUGCGAUGCGGUCUGCAGCUCAUCGCAGUCUGCGACUUCUUUGCCUCAUUGUUUCGGUUAUUGUCGGGGCUGAUCAUCGUCGCAUCGCCUGACCUCUUCUUCGAUGCCGAGACUUCCUUCAUCGACAUGUCGAUAGGCAUGAGUGCGAAGCGGAUCUUCCUUCGGAGCGUAAGGUUGCAGUUGCUGCUGUCGUUGCCUGCGAUCUACUUCUCGUGGUAUGCCCUGAGCGCCAACAGGAGCGGGAACUUGGUGCAUCUGAGACAGUACUGCAACUGGAAAGUGCUCAAGUGCGGCGUGACUCUAAUGAUGCACUCGCUGCUGCACAGAAUCUGGUGGGACGGGUGCGGGUACCUGCCCCUGAGCUCCUGCUGGGAAGUUAGGAACGACAUCUUGUUCACUGCCUUCUUGAAUCUUGUCCCCUCUCUCUACUGCAUCUGGAUUGUCUGGUCUUCAUACUAUCUUAUCCUCGACGGCGACCUGCAAGCCCUCUGGCUUGCGGGAUUCAAUUUCGGUGAUCCCAGGCAGUUUGACAAGUCCCAGUAUCAGGAAAUUUCCAAGGGAGGCGAACUGGCAGAGGGAGGGGAAGAGCCGCCAAAGCUCAACGUGACAUACUUUGUGUGA